GCAUGUUUAUAUUGUUUGAUUUUAUAUAUUUUUUAAUUGGAAAUCGUUACACAUAAAUGUAAUAGUUCUUUAAUCGCGCACGCUAAUUGUUUCCACAUUACCCGAGUCCCGACAGACUUCGUCGCUCGACGAUGUUUUAGUAGAAGGGCAAUAACAUGUCAAAGUGCGACGUUACAGAAGCCAGUCUCCCUCUCAACUCUCCUGCUUUUCUUUCUUGGCGUAAACUUCAAUUAAGUAGAGCUAAACUGAAGGCUUCAAGUAAAACAUCAGCGCUUUUAUCAGGUUUUGCUAUGGUGGCAAUGGUAGAAAUGCAAAUUAACGAAAAUACUAAGAAAGAUCUACCAGAAUUUCAAGGAAUGUUUAUAGCAUUUGCUAUAUGCACCACCCUUUUAGUUGCUGUUCACAUGUUGGCUCUAAUGAUAAGUACAUGUAUUUUACCAAACAUUGAUGCCAUAUGUAAUCUCCAUUUGGUAAGUCUCGUACAUGAAGCUCCACAUGAACGUUUACAUUGGUAUAUAGAAACUGCGUGGGCGUUUUCAACACUUCUUGGUCUUUUAUUGUUCUUAGCUGAAAUUGCCAUAUUAUGUUGGCUUAAAUUUUAUGAUACAUCUAAAUCUGCAGCAUGGUCUGCCGUUAUUAUUUUGAUCCCUGUCCUAGUGAUAUUUUUAGCAUUUGCAAUACACUUCUAUCAAUCUAUGAUGGCCCAUAAGUAUGAAGUGACUGUGAGUGGUAUUAGACAAUUAGAGCUUCUGAAAGAACAAAUUGAGGCUGGUAACUUAGAACGCUCAAAUGGAUUGUUAAUGAAUGCGUCAACCACACAAAUUGUUUGACAGUACAUUCAAGUGAUGCAUAUGUCCUAAAAACAGUUCCGUUCUUAUAAUAAAUAUAAUUUUUUAUUUUAAUAAAUAAAAUGUUGUUUGAAUUAUUA